AAAGCAAAUUAAGCUGACGUUGCGGCACCUUUCGGCUAUUUCUCGGUACAACCCAAGCUAUAGAUUCUUCCUUCUAUUAAAAUACAAACCUUUUUUCCAACUGGGAAAAAGAAGAAGAAUAUUACCUCAGAUUUCCCAGUUUACCCCUACAGUUUCUCUUAAUUCUCGCUUACGUCCAUGCUCUGGUUGCCCGGUUAUCUUUCUUUUUUGUAUUAGCGAUCUGGGUAUUUCAAAAAAAGUUGUAAAAAAAUGCUUUGUACAAUGGUGUUGAUGCCACGGAAGAAGAAAGUCGGGUCUGUUCCGGUUUACUUGAAUGUAUAUGACUUGACUCCAAUUAAUGGAUACGCUUAUUGGUUUGGCCUUGGGAUAUAUCAUUCUGGGGUUCAGGUUCAUGGAGUUGAAUACGGUUUUGGAGCGCAUGAGCAUACAACAACCGGGAUUUUUGAAGUGGAACCGAGGCAGUGUCCAGGUUUCACAUUUAGGAAAUCCAUCUUGAUCGGGAGGACUGAUUUAGGUCCGAAGGACGUCCGAUCGUUUAUGGAGAAACUCGCUAAAGAGUACUCGGGGAAUUCGUACCAUCUCAUCACCAAGAACUGCAACCAUUUUUGCAACGAUGUGUGUGUUCAGUUGACAUCGAAGCCGAUUCCGCGUUGGGUUAAUCGUCUUGCUAGAUUGGGUUUCCUUUGCAACUGUGUUCUUCCGGCAGGGUUAAACGAGACAAAAGUUCGCCAAGUUAGAUCCAAGAGUAAGGAUCAAGAGGUCGAGAAGAAGAAGCUUAGUGGCCAUUCAAGUAGAUAUAGGUCUUCCACUAACCCUCUACCCAACUCCACAACGUCCGGGUCCGGUAGACAAAAGCUACGUCUUCGAUCAUCAUCAUCAUCGUCUUUGAUUCACAGUUCUUCAGCCUCAAGUUUGAGAUUGAAGGUUUAAAAAAAGUCAGUCACCAUGGUAGUGCUGUAUUUGGUCCCUACUAUUUUGGCAAAUGAUGCGUGUAAAUGCAUGUCAAAAGCGUGUUUGUGGAACUGGUAAAUGUUUGGUAAUAGAGAAGCAUGUGGCCCGUGAAAGAGUGUGCGGGUAAGGUUCUAAUGUGAA